AUGGACAUUGAACCCAGGGAUCGAUACGGCAGCAAGCAAAUCCACCAGCGCAUGGGCCCCUCUAACUCCGGCGGAGGCGACGGCGGCGACGGAGAUCGCUACAAAGGUCUACUUCCAUUGCAGCCGCAGCUGCAACCGCACAUCCCUAGCCCUUACCUCCACAGCAAGGCCCCUCCAAUAUUUACUGUCCAUGUGAAUAAAUUGUGCAACUAUUUCAUUGCCGGGAACUGUAGUUACGGGGAGAGGUGCAAGUUCUUGCACUCUUGGUUUGUUAGUGAUAGCUUCUCUUUGCUCACCCCUCUACAAGGCCACCAAAAGGUUAUUACAGGAAUUGCAUUACCCUCGGGCUUAGAUAAGUUGUAUUCGGGGAGCAAGGACGAGACUAUUCGGGUUUGGAUUGUCAGAGUGGCCAAUGUGUUGGGGUUGUUAGUAUGGGAAGUGAAGUUGGUUGCAUGAUCAGUGAGGGGCCUUGGAUUUUUAUCGGAGUUACUAAAACAGUCAGGGCUUUGAAUACUCAAACGUCUCUUUUGUAGGUAAUCAUUUUUCUUCAGUUUUCCUUCACGGGUUUCUCUUAUUCUUCACCUUUUCUAUAUUGGGUCUUUUUUGAAUUUUGUAUCAAAGCUUGGCACUUUGCAGCCAUAGAACUUUUGAUGUAAAACUGGGUCCUUUUUUCUUGCAUUUGAGGUGUUUGAGUUUUUGCCUCUGUUAUUUGUUGUGUCCUCAAAUUGUCAACAAGAGCUCCAAAUAGUUUAGCCACCAGAUUGGGAGGAUAAAUUAAGCUAAUUUAUACGUUUAUCUUCAUCAAAAAAUAUUUAUACAGGUGUCUCUAAUUCUCCUUCAGGUGAAGCUCUUCUUUUGCUAUCUAUCAGUAUAGCUUAACUUCUCUUGACGAACCAUCUAU